AUGGAGCCCAACGCUUCCUCCGCGGCCCUCCUGGGCCAAGAGACUGAAGCAAACAUCACUCUCAGAAACCAGCUCGAGUCGCCGCUUCUCCGCCUGCCCGCUGAGCUGCGAAACAAGAUCUACACCUACGUCGGUCUUUCCACUACGAUUGAAGUUAUUGUUAUUGCAAAUCAUAUGCCACAAGCCAAGGAUUGGGGUUCGGCAAAGCUCAAAGUCGGGCUUCCCGGCCUCCUCAGUACUUGUAAACAGAUCCGACAAGAAGCCACUUCUCUGAUAGGCAAAUCUGCCAUCCUCGAUCUCUCGAAGAUAGACCCCCGCUCAUGGCUAGAGCCCCGUUGCAAGAACAAGUUCAGCGAGCUCAUCACCUCAGUUAGAAUUGAUUACGAGUUUGCCGAGGUUGCUUCAGGCGUUUCUUCUCUAUACCUUGGCCAGACCAUGCGAGCAAAAAAGUCUCCCGCAAGCUGGCUACCAAGCCUAGAGAGGGUUCAUGUCAAAUCGUGGGGGUGGAGGCCCUUUGAGGACAGCGAGAAGAUAAAGUCGGGCUUGAGGCUCUGGUGCAAGCAAGAUAAUCUGGAAGUCAUCUUCGAGGACCUUCUCUAUUGGCGGGACGGAAAUGGGACCAAAUAUUGCGCUGGUGAGUGGAAAGAAGUCUACGACUAA